AUGAAAGAACAACUGAGGUUGAUUGCUAACGCAUUCUUGAAAGCAAGCGAAUUUGGUUCCCAAGAAGCAGUUUAUUACAUCUUAGCAUUGUCUCUUUCAAUGUGUUCAAGAGAAGUUGUAUUUGUCAAUACAAAUCAUCCGGAAAAUAGAAUUCAAAUAGUUAAAUCGAAACAAGACUUUCAGAGAUUACCAUUAAAUUCAACAGAUAUUUACAUCAAAGAUACAUUAGACCAUUAUAUUCAUCGCCCAUUUGAUGGAGCUGGUGUUGGAAAAUCUCGUUUGAUUGAAGCUAUUUAUCAAGCUAUUCUUCGUUAUUUGAAUUUCAGCUCAUAUAAUUUAGAAUCAAUUAAAGUUUUACUGUGUGCUCCAACAGUAAAAGCAGCAUUCGGGAUAAAAGGUCUAACGUUACAUGCAGCUUUUAUAUUACCGUUAAAUCAAUGUUCGACAGAACUUUUUCCAUUAAGUAGUGGUACCCGAAAUACUUUGUAUGCAAAAUUAAAAGAUCUUAGUUUACUUAUAAUUGAUGAAAUUAGUAUGGUAGGUUCGAAAACAAUUCAACAAGUUGAUAGUCGAUUGAAACAAAUUUUUCAAACUGCAAAACCUUUUGGUGGGAUAUCGGUAAUUGUAUUUGGUGAUUUUAAUCAAUCAGCUCCAGUAGGAGAUCGAUAUAUUAUCCAAGCACAUUCAUCAGAUCUUUAUGGAAAUGUUAUAGGUAAUCCUUUAUGGAAUUUAUUCACAAGUUAUCAGUUGACAGAAAUAAUGCGGCAAAAAGAUGACAUUAAAUUUGCUGAAACUCUAAAUAAUUUAGCUAAUGGUACAUUUUCAGAACAUGAUUAUGAUAUUUUUGAAUCUAGAAUAGUACAUAGUGACUGUGAGAUACCGAAAGAUGCAAUUCAUCUUUUUCGAAAAGCGACUGAAAAGAUGAAACAAUACUUACUUAGCUUAUGUAAAAAUUUAGAAACUAAAAAUGCACAAGGAUUACCUUCUGAUUUGUCACUCAGUAUUGGUAUUAAAUAUAUGUUGACUGUAAACAUUGAUGUAGAAGAUGGACUCGUCAAUGAUGCAGUAGGAAUACUUAGGGGAUAUGAUUUCAAUGAAAAUGGAGAUAUUUUUAGUUUGGAUAGAUUUUUGUGA